CAGUCUUUUCGUUCCGACCGAUCAGCGCGAGACAAGCUUGGUGAGUUGGUAGGUGUCGGCAGCGGCCGUCGGCAUGUGGAGGCUGAAGGUCGGGGAGGGCGGCGGGCCGUGGCUGCGGUCCACCAACGGCUUCCUCGGCCGUGCGGUCUGGGAGUUCGACGCCGGCGCCGGCACGCCGGAGGAGCGCGCCGCGGUGGAGAAGGUGCGUCAGGAGUUCACUGAUGGCCGGUUCCGGCGCAGAGAGUCUGCCGACCUCCUCAUGCGUUUGCAGUAUGCACAACAGAACAAGCAUCAAGGGAGGGACCGUUGCCUACCGCCCAUGCAGAAGCUCGAGGAGAAAGACAAGGUCACUGAGGAGACCGUGUUGGUGUCGCUGAGGAGAGCCCUUGAUCAGGUCUCUUUGCUCCAAUCGGAUGACGGUUGUUGGCCCGGGGACUUCAGCGGGAUAAUGUUCAUCAUGCCUGGUUUGAUAUUUGCCCUCUAUGUAACUAGAUCACUCAACACCUUGGUGACGCCAGAACAUCGACGAGAGAUAUGCCGCUAUAUAUACAAUCAUCAGAACGAGGAUGGGGGAUGGGGCACCCUAAUUUUAGGAUCGAGCAGCAUGUUUGGUACAUGCUCAAACUACAUCACUCUGAGACUUCUCGGAGAGGAGCUAGAUGGUAACGGGGCGUUGGCUAAUGGGCGCCAAUGGAUAUUGUCCCACGGAGGCGCUACUCUUGUGCCACAGUGGGGGAAGAUAUGGCUCUCGAUACUUGGGGUGUAUGACUGGUCCGGGAACAACCCGAUCUUCCCCGAACUAUGGCUUGCGCCGCAGUUCCUCCCGUUUCAUCCAGGGAAAUUCUGGUGCCUAUGCCGUAUGGUGUACCUUCCCAUGGCUUAUCUUUACGGGAAGAAAUUCGUCGGGCCCAUCACCCCAAUAAUUUUGGCGCUACGGGAGGAGAUCUACGACAUGCCGUACCACAAGAUCAACUGGGGCAUGUCACGUAAUGCAUGUGCUAAGGAGGACCUUGUGUGCCCACGUACAAUGCUGCAGAACGUCGUGUGGACCUCACUCUACAAGUGCAUGGAGCCGAUGCUGAGCAGUUGGCCGAUCAGCAAGCUCAGGGACAGGGCUCUGAAGAACCUCAUGGAGCACAUCCAUUACGAGGAUGACAAUACGCAGUACCUCUGCAUAUGCACCGUCAACAAGGCUCUGAACAUGGUGUGUUGCUGGGUGGAAGAUCCAAGUUCCGAAGCAUUCAAGCGGCAUCUUGCGAGGGUACCUGAUUUCCUAUGGAUCUCGGAAGAUGGCAUGAAGGCGCAGGUAUAUGAUGGUGUUCAGAGCUGGGAGACAUCUUUCAUUAUUCAAGCAUAUUGCGCUACAGAUCUCGAGAGCGAAUAUGGCCCAACCCUCGAAAGAGCCAAUGCAUUCAUGAAAAAAUCGCAGGUUCUUUGGAAUCAUCCUGGUGACCAAAGUUAUUCACAUCGCCACAGAUCAAAGGGUUCAUGGACUCUUUCAAGUGCAGACAAUGGAUGGUCUGUAUCGGACACUACUGCAGAAGCACUUAAGGCCGUACUGCUCCUCUCAAAGACCUCUAGGAACAUCGUUGGCGAUCCAAUAGAAAGAGAAAGGGUGCAUGAUGCUGUUGAUUGCCUUUUAUCUUUUGUGAAUAAAGAUGGGACCUUUUCUACAUAUGAAUGUAAAAGAACUUCUGCUUGGAUAGAGAUCCUCAAUCCUUGUGAGAGUUUUCCAAACAUGAUCGUUGAUCAUCCAUAUCCGGAAUGCACUUCCUCGGUGCUUCAAGCUCUUAUAUUGUUCAAAGAAAUACAUUACGUUUACCGAACUAAGGAGAUAGAAAAGUGUAUCAGAGAUGCAGCAGCAUUUAUUGAGAGCAGACAAGGAGAAGACGGUUCAUGGUUAGGUACUUGGGGCGUGUGUUUCACCUAUGGGGCCUUCUUUUCGGUGAAAGCAUUAGUUGCUGCUGGAAGAACAUAUGAGAACAGUUCUUUCAUCAGGAAAGGAUGCCACUUUAUAUUGUCAAAGCAGCUCAUUACUGGUGGAUGGGGAGAAAGUAAUGUAUCUAAUGAAACAAAGGUGUAUGUUAACAUCGAAGGUGACCGUGCUCAUGCGGUGAAUACUGCUUGGGGGAUGUUGACUUUAAUAUAUGCUGGACAGAUGCAACGAGAUCCAGCACCGCUGCACCGUGCCGCAAAAGAACUGAUCAAUAUGCAGAUGGAUACAGGAGAAUUUCCACAGCAAGAACAUGUCGGAUGCUUCAACUGCUCCCUUUUCUUCAAUUACCCAAACUACCGCAACUUGUUCCCCAUUUGGGCUCUUGGGGAGUAUCGGCGCUGCCUUUGCGCAAAAAACAUAGACGUGUGUGCACCCUCGUCAUGAAGAACACGCGUAUGAUAUGGCAGGAACACUUGAAGUCAGCCACAAAUAUUGUUGUAAACAGUUUAACUAUUUAUAUCUGGAAACGUAAACAGUAAUAUCUUAGGCACAUCAUUCGUCCGCAUGAGGGAAACCCCUUCCUUUUCAAUAAAAUAAAUAUACUGUAACACUAUGGUACUAGACUGUAACUGUAAAAGCUUGACGCCUAUAAAUUAAAAUAAAAUUGAUGAUG